GGCGUUGCGAGCUGUCAACUCUCCAACAACAUUCGUCCUUGACAAUCCGCAUAGUGAUAUUCCGACUGCCAGGAAACUCGCGAAAAUGGCCGCCACGACUACUCUCGAUGAGGUGAACAAGGAACUGCGCGCCAUCAUCACAAACCUCUACAUGGUCCUCUGCCAAGCGCACGAGUAUCAAGGCCCAAAUACAAAUCAGGCAUUACAGAGAGAGAUGAAAGAUCUACUGCAGAACCUCAAGAAUCUCUCGCAAAAGGCACAGCUACUCCCCACGCAUGUGCCGAAAGACAUUAUUGAUUAUGUCGAGUUGGCACGUAAUCCAGACGUCUACACUCGUGAGUUUGUCGAGGUGGUCAUGCGUCACAAUCAGGAACAGAAAGGACGGAAUGAAGCGUAUGGCGAUUUCCAUGACAUUCUGGCGCAAACCAUUAUUACUGGCAUUCCGGAUAUGGCAGAAGACGUGAAGAAGGUUGCUGCAGCAUCUGGCAGACCGGUCAACUAGAGCGCGACUGCUUGGUUCUUAUCCAGACUAUCAUUGGCGAGCACCAACCAGGAGCUCUUGGUCUUCUCUGUGCGAAUAGAGGAAGCUGCGAUCACACCCGAGCCAGUCGAACGUCUCAGGAGCAUCGCAAUCGCCGCUUUGCAGCUUCUUCAACACCCAGAAACGAAACGGCAUUCCAGUACCUCGGUGAGUAGACACCCGACGGUACUGAACAAUGUCCAAGGGGUUCACUUCGACCCCCAUAUUGGACCUGGCCAAUAUAUCUAUCCACAUCUUCCACCAUCGGUGUGGCCGUCACAUAUCCGACGUGGAACAAAGCGCAACAGCGACGCUCAGAAGGUCUUACUGCCGCAGAACAACAGCAUAUGGAAGAAGGAACAUCGCCCGUCGAGUACAGAACCAUCUGCAGAGAAGCCCAGACCUUCGCCAGAGCCUUUAUCUCCUCCGUCCAAUGCAGACCAAAGGUCGUUCAAGGCUAGCAAAAAGAUCUCAGAAGCUGGAGCGCAAGAGCUCAGCAGAGCACGAGAACCUCGUACUCGCAGAGGCGUACUAGAGCCCCCAGUUGUGGGGAAAAGCAAGAACCACGAUCGCGAGGUGCAGUGAGCGGCCAGACAUUGCUAGCUGCGCUACAACGACCACAUUCAAGCAUGAAUUUGUCUCGUACCCAGUCACAACCAGCCCUAAGUAACGUACAAUUCCUCCAGUAAACACAGUUUUACCCACGCUCUAAUCCCAG